GCCGCGCUGGAGGAGCGGGGCGCCGCCGCCCACGGGCCGCUGCUGGAUGCGCUGCAGCCCCGCGUGGAGCAGCUUUUCCGCGAGAAACUGGGUGAAGGACUAGCAAAGCUGAGGACGGCGAGAGAGGCUCCUCAGACUGCAUGUGCCCCCCAGGCCCUCCAGGGAGGAGAGGGAAGCCCGGCCGGCGCGGAGAACCCGGACCUGCAGGGCAGUCAGGACGUGAUGGUUACCCGGGGCCUCUUGGUUUGGAUGGCAAACCAGGACCUCCAGGACCAAAAGGGGAAAAGGGUGAAGCAGGGGACGUCGGCCCAAGGGGUUUCAAAGGCGAGCCAGGAGAGGAAGGACUCAUGGGUGCCAGAGGGCCUCCAGGACCAAAGGGUGAGCCUGGAGUCCAAGGGAAAAAGGGUGAUGAUGGGAUCCCUGGGGAACCAGGACUUGUGGGCCCUAAGGGAGAAAAAGGAAGUGUGGGUCCCAAGGGAGAGAACGGCACCGAUGGCUUCCCAGGACCCAAGGGUGAAUCCGGUGAGAAGGGAGGAAUUGGCUCCAUUGGACCCCGGGGCCCCCCUGGCCUGAAAGGGGAACAGGGCGACACGGUCGUGAUCGACUACGACGGCCGGAUCCUGGAUGCACUCAAGGGUCCACCAGGUCCCCCAGGGCCACCAGGCCCCCAAGGCACUCCAGGUCCCAAGGGAGAGCUGGGCUUGCCGGGCCCACCUGGACUGGAUGGUGAAAAGGGUCCCAAAGGAGCAAAGGGUGACCAGGGCAGCACGGGGAUCACGGGGCAGAAAGGAGAGACAGGAGAAAUGGGCUUAGCGGGUCCACCGGGAGCAGAAGGGCCAAAAGGAGACAAAGGAGAAAAAGGAGACACCGGCUCACCAUGUCUGCAGAACAAUCAUAUCAUACCUGAGCCUGGACCCCCUGGAUUACCCGGCCCUAUGGGCCCUCCAGGAAUCCAGGGACCUAAAGGUUUGGACGGUGCAAAGGGAGAAAAAGGUGACACUGGUGAGAAGGGGGACCACGGUGACACUGGACCUGCUGGCCUCCCGGGCGCUCCAGGGCUCAUUGGUUUACCUGGUACCAAAGGAGAGAAGGGAAAGCCAGGGGAGCCAGGAUUGGAUGGUUUCCCAGGUCUCAGAGGAGAGAAAGGAGAGAGAAGUGAAAGAGGCGAGAAGGGUGAGCGAGGAAUACCAGGGAGAAAAGGAGCCAAGGGGCAGAAGGGGGAACCAGGCCCCCCUGGACUGGAUCAGCCUUGUCCUGUGGGAGAUCAUAGCAUUGCAGGCAGCAAAAGGGAGCCAGGUUUGCCAGGCCUGGAUGGGCUGAGCAUGCCCUGUCCUUUGGGACCAGACGGACUGCCAGUAGCAGGAUGUUGGCAUAAGGUACAGUAACAUUAAUAACUGUAUAUCCUUGAACAGGCCCCAAGUAAUUUUUCUGGCUGCAUGAUGAUUGUUUGCCCUGCUGCAUGU